UCCAGCAGUAGCUCGAGAAAUUACGUUUCAUUAAAUUGUCAUUCAACUUUAAAAACAUGCUGUAAAUACACAACUCUCUGCCGUGUUCAUACAACCGCGUACGGUAACAGGAGGAGGAGGACGUGGAGUCCAGGGGCUUAAAGAUGACGACGGAUGUGAGCGAGGCCAUCCCCUUCAUGGCCGCGUGCCACGGCCCCACCAUCCUGGCGGAGCUCAAUCGCUUGCGCCUGGACGGGCAGCUUUGUGACAUCACGCUGCACGUGGCUGGUCACGCGUUUGGCGCACACAAGGCCGUGCUGGCCGCUAGCUGCCCCUAUUUCCGCGACCACGCCGGGCUGCAGGGCCUGAGCGCGCUUCACGUGGGCGUCGUGCGCAGCCCGCGCGUGUUCUCCCAGCUGCUGGCGUUCUGCUACACGGGCAGGCUGGUGCUGACACGCAGGGAGAUCCUCGCCUUCCUCACCGCCGCCAGCUUCCUCCAGCUGCAGCCCGUCAUCGACCGCUGUGUGCAGCUGCUGGCCGGGAUGCUCAGCCCCACGUCCCACCUCACCGACUCCUCCCACGACUCUCCGGGCCUCCACGAGCCCUCGCCUCCUCCUCCCCCGCCUCCCCCCCCUCCGCGGUCGUCGUCGUCGUCGUGCGAUCGGCCUCUCCUCCCCUCCACGCCGCCGGCCCACGUCCCCGGCUCGUACGGCCCGCACCCCGCCCGCGAGGACGAGCUGCCGGCCGCGGCUGGCGGCGGCGGCGGCGGUGGCGGCGGUGGCGGCGCAAGCUGCGGAGGGAGCGAGGCUUCCAGCUGGACCGAGCUGGGCUGGCCCGACGGGUUCGUGCAGGGGUCGUCGCCGGAGGACGUCACUUUCCCUCCGGCGGUUUCGCACCAUCAGCAUCACCAGCAGCAGCAGCAGCAGCAGCAACGCCAUCGGUACCAUCACCAGCAGCAGCAGCAGCUGGUGCUGUUGCCAAGCCGGCGCCCCAGGAAGUCGGCCACGAGCGUCCGUCUCCAAAUCAAGACGGAGCCGCCGGACGAGCAGAUGCGUCGCGACGACGUCGACGACGACGACGACGUCGACGACGACGACGAGGAGGAGGAGGGGGGGGGGGGGAACUACAACAACAGUGCGGCGGAGGAGGAGGAGGAGGAGAACGAGGUGGUGAUGGCGGAGUGGGUUGGUGACGGUGGCGGCGACGACGGCGACGGCGAACGCGACGAGAAGCCGGCGGCGCGCAGGCGGCGCCAGCCGCGGGUCAUCCAGCACGCCGACCUCGCCGCCCGCAGGGGCCUCUUGGUGCCGCGGGCGUUCUCGCUCGCCCCGGCGUCGCUGGCACCCGCCGCCGCCGCCGGCGUCAUCCGCGCACGCAGCACCUCCCCGCAGCAGCACCCGGCGUCGGCCGAUCUCUCGCCGCAUUCGGACGGAGCCCUCCCGUCGGCCGCGGCCUACGCCGAUUACUUGCAGAGCGCGGCCGGCGGCGGCGGCGGCGGCGACGACUGCGGCGCCGCGUCGGUCGCCGGCGGCGCGACGUCGUCGCCCGCGUCGUCGGCGGCUGCGGCGACGCUGACGCCGACGUCCGGCCAGGAGCGGUGGAUGCGCUACAACCCGCGUCUGACGUGCCUCUACUGCGGCAAGUCGUUCAACCAGAAGGGCAGCCUGGACCGCCACAUGCGGCUGCACAUGGGCAUCACGCCGUUCGCGUGCCGGCACUGCGGCAAGCGCUACACGCGCAAGGACCAGCUGGAGUACCACAUCCGCACGCACACGGGCAACAAGCCCUUCCCGUGCGCGCUCUGCGGCAAGUGCUUCCCCUUCCAGGCGACGCUCAACCAGCACGUGCGGAAGAACCACGGGCGCGGCGAGGGCGGCAGGGCUCUGCGCGGCGGCGACGACGGCGACGGCUCGGCCGGGAGGGCCGAUGGCGGCGGCGGUGGCGGUGGGGAGGAGGUGGAGGAGAUGGAGGAGGCGCGGGCGGAAGUUGCGCCGGAGAACGAUGUGGAUCGGAGCGCGAACUCGUGACGGGCUUUGAAAGUGCGUCCCCCGGGUCGUUCGCCGGCCACGUCGCGGCGUUGUUCGGCUGUCGUCGCUUCCGCGUGCCGGGAGCUUUCUCCCCCCCCCCCCCCCCCCCACAGCAAGACAAAUUUGCGACGCGCCGUGCCGCGUUGCCGCGACGUCCGACGUUUCGCUCCGUGUCCUGGCAGCUUAAAUUAGGAACGGGGGGGGGGGUGGGGAUGCUACUGCCGGCGUGGGUUUUCGCGGCCGCGCAGCCCGGCUCUCCGGCGUAUUGUUGGGAGGUUGUGCCGCCGCGUUAUUCGUUUUCCCUCCGCGCAUUGUGUUGGGAAGCUGUGCAGCAAAGCAACGCCACUUACUUUAUUUUUUCACUUUUUUAUUUAUCCGUGCGUGGUGGCGAAACGUCAGACUCCAUGCCAAAUUGACACGCGACAGCGAGCAGAAAACGCGCUCUGAACGCCCCCGCGGGAACAACCGCGAUGACGUGCGGAGCGUGGGUACGUACGGAGAUCGGAGCGUAUGGAGCGGGGAACCGUACGGAGUAUGAAACGCGGUCGCUUAUUUUUUAAUUGUAUGAAUGCUAGAAACCCGCACAUCCUAUUGGACGUGACCGUCCAUCCCUCCCAGCCAGCCAGCCAGCAAAACUUUUGAUCCUAUACGGAGCCUUGUCUCUCUCCACCUUUCUCUUGCCUUCUCAUCGAGAUGUCUCGCUUUGUCUGUUCCUGUCUCUCUGUUCCUAAUCGCGAUGGUGUGGGGCACGGGGUGACGUCACCAUCGCUCAGACGUCCCGCGCGAUGACGUCAUCACUGCGCAGACGUCCGCGCAAUGAUGACGUCACCAUCGUGCGGACGUUGGUCGCGAUGGUGACGUCAUCCACAUCCUCCCCGGCAUUCAGCAGCGUCACCCAUGACAACAACAACAUGCCUUCCAAUCACUCCAGAACAGGUGCCAGCAUCAUUACCAACUCGGGCAUUGAAGUCACCCAACAGGAUGACUCUGUCCCGAGGGGCCACUUUAGCCAGCACCUGUGACAGGAGGUCAUAGAAGGCAUCUGAUUCAUCGGCCUUGCCUGCAUCUCUCCACGGAUGUUCGUCUUCGGUGGGGGCAUAAGUAACCACGACCACCACUCCUCGCCUCCGGUUGAUGGGAAGGCGAGCCCAAAAGUAGCCUGGGACUUCCAGCUUCCCACACCUCACCGCCACGCUCCCACGCCCCCUUCAUUCCCUGUUGUUUGGCCGUCUCCUGCCCCGAGUAGAGGACUGUCCAGCCCUCAUGGUGGCAGGAGCCAGAGCCGGUCCACCGGACAUCCUGAAUACCACACAGAUCCAGGCGGUACCGGUCCAGCUCCCGACAGAGGAGUGGCAGCCUCUCACCUCACCCCCUCCAUCCCGGCCGAUACGCUAUCAUACUCGCAGUAUUAGAAAGAAAAAAAGUUUUGCUGGCUGGAGGGAGGAGGGAGGGAGGGACCGACAAGGCCAAAUUGACGUACGGGCAACUGAAAACAAACUAUUGCACACGUGUACAAAAUGUAUAAAACGACAAAAAAAUGUGUCUAUUAUCUGCUUCUCUGUAAGUCGUAUGUUUGCUUUACCGAUCGCUACUCCGAUAUUCCAAGCAAUAUGUAUUUUUUAAUCGCCGCGUAUUAUUAUUAAUUUGAGCUCGUAGCUUGUGCACUAUGAACUCUUAAGAGCUACAGGGCGGUGGGACGGAGGGGGAAGGAAGCAAAGCCAGUCCGUGUCUCCCAACUGAAAUUCUCAGAGGACGUCCAACCGAAGAGAUGGAGCGAUGAGUCGGUCGCUAAUUCUUUUAUUCAACCGGGAGAUCGAGCAAACCGAGUAGACCGUGUCAAAGUGGUGACGGUGACCUGCCGCGUGUCGUGUACGCAUGCAAGUUGAACUUCUUUCGCACCAUACGUAGCCAACCGUGAUAAUCAGAGGUGCGGUGUUGAGUCUAUGGGCAGCGUCGAGUCUAUGGGCCGUCAGUAUGUCUGUUGAACUUAUUCUGCACCGUACAUACUCAUCCAGCAGUGGAUUGACGACGACGAUGACGACGAUGAGGGCGGUGACGAUAAAGUUCAGAUUCAUCUUCUUGGUUCUUUCGGUAAAGUCACGUAGA